UUAUCUCUUUCUAUUGUUCCCACAAAUUCUUAUGACAGCCUUUUCUUCGCAUUUGUCUAUGUCCUUCAUUUUAGCCGUCUAUACAUUUAAAUAUAAUCCUUCACUGCGUUGUUUGAUAGAUUUUCAUAACUUCUUUAACUCCCUUGAUGUUGUAACAAGGAGCACAGUGUCAUCAGUGAACCUUUUUUUAUAUUGAAUUUAUUCCUUGUUCUUCUGUUUCUUCAUAGUAUUAAUUAUUUCUUGUGACUUAUUCUACGUCCUAAAUCAUUCCCUUCUUUGCGUUUAUAUUGAAUAAAAAAAUGUCAACUUUGGAAUUCUUUUCUCUAAAGAUUUUAUUUUAUCCUGGGAGGUUUUGACCUUAAUCUCUCAAUUAUGUAUUUUAAAAAGUGUAUUGACUGACUGUAAUCAUUGACUGGCUGACUGUAAAAGUUUUAUGAUUCCCUCUUAAAAUUUUGAUUAUUUAGAAGACGGGUUGUUUUUUAUGAUGCUCAACUUCAUCAAAUUCACCCCUCUUUCGUCAUCCACUUCACAGAAUUUGAUAACGUCAACAUCUGACUACAAUGUCCUACAACCUGGCCUGCUUGUGUAGCCUCAUUCUGGGGUUCAUCAUCGGCGGCUGUUCCACUGUCCAGUUCGGAUCACGUGUGCUUAAAGGUACCGUGACCCACCACAACAUCGAGGAGACGUCGGGGCUGGCCGUGUCACGUGUUCACGCUGACGUCAUCUACGCCCACAAUGACAAGGGCGACAGCAGCAGAUUCUACGCCAUCAACAUCAACGGCGGGAACAAACUCGCAACCUUCGACAUCCGCCACGCGCAGAACUACGACUGGGAGGACAUGGCUGUUGGGCCUUGCGCUGACGACUGCGCCUCUCCCGGGGCCUGCUCCGCUGAGGUCAGGCCCAAGCGUUACUGCCUGUACCUAGCGGACACCGGCGACCACGAUGGGGCUGGAGCCAUGAACAAAAUCUACAUGGUGAGAGAACCGUCUGUCCUCCGGAGUGGGGAGGUAGACCUGAUCAACACGCUACAGUUCUCCUGGACGGAGCAGGACGCCGAGACGUUGAUGAUCGACCCCACAGGUCAACUCUACGUCGUGUCCAAAAUUCACGGGGGAAGAGCUGUCCUCGCUAAGAUCCCGAGCUCCGCCUGGGGCGGCCCGAGGGUGGCCCUAGACCAGGCCCACUCCGGGACUCUAAAGCUCACCACAUCACACAAUGACCCCCAGGGUGGGGACAUCUCUCCAGACGGCAAGGAGAUGCUUCUGGUGUGUGAGGAUGACGUAUACCACUACAACGUCGCCAAUUUGGAUUACGUCAAAGCAGUGAACAGCCAGAUACCCCAGCGCAUCGCGAGCUAUAGUAGAGAACAUUCCACUGAGGCCAUCGCUUGGAGCCCGAACGGUUCUGGUUUUUACACAUUACCAGAGGGGAAGGACGAGAAGUUGUAUUUCUACCCCAAGAUCCCGACUUCUCCUGUCAUAGGCUAAUUAUCUAUCACCUCCCAAAAAAAUUCAUUCGUUGUUCUAUAAGCAAACCAACUGUGUUUAUAACCUAAGAUAUUAUGUUCAUCGCAAAAUAACCAACACAAUCUAUAGUUUCUUAUAUCAGCAAAUGGGAGCAGAGAAGUUUAUUAUAUUAUUCUAGACCGUGCAUCCUGAUGUACAUCCGGUUCACUACGAAGCGCACAUUUUGAGAUAAAUAAAGGGCAAGUGUGGGAAGGUGCCACGCGCAUUGGGUGUAAUGGCGCGGCCUACAAUGGUGCGCAUGCAGAUUAGCUAGAGUGGCGGUCAUGACAGAGCACGAUCUGAGGGCACAAUUCUACGAUCGGAACAGGCAACUGUAUAAUCAUUUUUGAAGCAAUUAUUUCAAAGCUCUUGUAUUCUCCUAUAUCCAGUUUAAUGUAACGUUAGGUUUACGUUUGAGUACAAUUUUGCGAUCAGGAUAGACAAACAUCAUUAUUUCUUGAAGCAAUAUUUGUUUCAAAGCUAUGGAAUGCUCCAAUAGCCAGAUGCAUGCUUCGUUACAUAGAUUUCCACCUCCAUUCUACGAUCAGAGCA